AAGGAAAUUGAACAUUUAACGCACUAAUAAUGAUGGAUCAUUGUUUCUUCUUGGAUAGAAAAGAAUAAGAUCUGCUGCUCUUUUAGAAAUGUAUAUUGAGGCCCCCUUAGUAUGUUAUUUAUAGGAUCGGGACGUUUUUGAAGUUAAUUAUAUUUUUAUUGACGAUUAUUUAGCGUAGACGAGCAGUCCUAGUGAUUUUACGACGGAGAAGUGUAGACCUCAUGACUGCGUUGUUUGGAGGAUUUGCGUAGUGUUUUUGCGUUGGAUUUCCGUCCGUGGGAGUGGGUUGCUUGGCGUUGCCCAUUUUUCUCCCUUCUGAAGGCCAACCUGCGGACUGGAGGGUUGUGUCACCGGCCCUCUGUUUAUUUUCUCUUUCGAAAAUUCAUAAAGAGAUUCACUUUCCGAAUCGGCCACCGGCACGGUUUUAAUUCGAGACAUGGCGAAGCAGGUGCAGAGCGGGUUAGCAAACGGGACUGAAGGCCUCGUAUGCUUUGUAUGCGAUGUCGGAGUCAUCGGAAGGUAUUACCUCCUUGCCAACUGCAGGACGCAGACUUCGAAAGUGAGGCUUAUAGAAAAACUAGGCCAUCUUGUUGGCGACGAUUAUAUGGUUGUUAUAUCACAAGAUGAUAUUAUUUGUCGAGGGUGUGCGACAAUGAUCAACUCGUUAGAUAGGCUUGAAAAAGAGCUUGGUUCGUUGAGGUCAAUGGUGCUUAGAUAUUUGGAAAAGAAAUACGACUUAGAAGAAGGUGAACUGGUUAAUACGAGGUCUAAUCCAAAUGUAGGAAAGGGCAAAGAAGGAAAGGCAGAUAUUUUAUCCACAGAUUUCCAGUCCAGGAAAAGAAAAGCGAUUAGUGGUGAAGUAGAUCCAGAUCAGUUAAAGGACACGAAAGAUGUGACAUGGCUUCAAUGUGAUCGGUGUAAAUACACAACACAUUACAAUGCUUAUAUGGUACAUCAUGUAAGAGGACACUCAAAAGAAAAGUCAGUGCCAACAAGUCAAGCGAAUCAGGUCAGCACUCAGCAGUCUGUCGAAGAAAAACAGAACGGAACUGAAAAACAGAUAGUCAGGAUGCAGGCUCUGGACGAGCAGCCCAGCAGCGUGGCCGUCGAGCCUGAAGAGAAAAAGGACUCCAUGGUGUCAGAGGGUGCUGAGACAGUGGAAAUGAUCGCCGCUGAAAUAGGACAGGAGUUUGCCGACGAAUCUGCGGUGAAUUCGGUCGAGCCCCAGAUGCUUCAGAUGACUGUGGGAGGAGAGACUAAACAGAUGACACUACAGGCUGUCGAAGGCGAAGACGGUGCCAACACACUGUGCAUGGUCGACGAAAACGGUAUAAUUCUACAGAAAGUGGAGCAAGCGGAAGAUGGGACGCUUUAUGUUCAGAUGCCAGACAACUCAGACCCGACUAAACAAGUGCUUUCAGUAGCCGAGGACGGAAGUGUUCACAUGGUCGAAGUGCUUUGGGAUGAAAUGGUAAAUGCAGAUGAAGGGGAAGGACACAGCAUGGUGUCGUUUUAGUAGACUGAAAGCUUUGGCAAGACAUGAUUUUUAAGUUCAUAGAAAUUUAGACUAUUCUUUUGUAAAAUUUUAUUUAUGUAUUCAAAAACAACCAAUUUAACAUUUUGGUGUUAAAAAAAUAAAUUGUGACGUAUUUAUUGCACAUCUCCCCUGCCUUUUGUACAUCUCUUCUGCUUAUAUUGUCAAACCAAACUUUCAAUGAUUGAAUGUUAAAUUGAGAGCCAGAAGACAUUGUUUA